CAGAUUCCUGAGUUGUUGCGUCGAUAUCCACCAACGGAUCAUACCGACUUUCCACUUCCCCUUGACAUGGUAUACUUUUGCCAACCCGAGGGUUGCACUAGUGUAGGACCCCGCCGAACUGGGUCCGCCAUUCGCGAUAUGACAUCCUUUGUAUUUGCGCUCACUGACAAGGAUUCGGGAAAGACCCGAUAUGGCAUCUGUGUAAAUUUCUACCGGCCCAUAGAACGGCAUUCAGCUAAUGCAGAACGAGGCGCCUAUAGUGCAAACCAUGGCGCUGUUGGACUGGCACAAAGCAAACGAGGGCGACACAGCUCCGCCUUUCGACGUGAGUCCUGGCGAAAGAGCAUGGAACGCAGCUCGGAUUCUGCAUUUAGUAGGCAAGUUGAUUCUAUAGUCUCUCACUCUCAAACUCAUCCCAGCACAAGCAAACACAGUUUUGACAACAGCAACAGCAAAGCAAACCAAUCUAAUCAAUCAAAUUCGUUAAUCAUUAACUCACAUGAUGCUAAACGACGUAUUUUUUGUAAUAGUUACGGCCUCUUAACUUCUUCUAGCGACUACAGAAGUAACGUCGCUCCUAGUGAUUCGGAUCGUGAAAUGACAUCACGUCGUGAUUCGGAUCCACCGAAUCACCACCAUUCAUCGUCUUAUGGUCACACACAACAACAGCAACAUAAUCUACAACAGCAGGUGCCAAAGCUGGGUUUAAUGGCACCGUCUGCGGACUCCGAGUCGGGCGGUAGCCAUUCGCCAUCGCCACGCGCCUCACGAAAACGCACGAAGCUGCGAAAUCAGUCGCUAACUUCGCUCUGUAUCAUCUCACAUCACCCAUUUUUUUCAACGUUUCGCGAGUGUUUAUUUAUACUAAAGAAGCUGAUCGACGCCUGCAACGAGUCCUCGUCGCCAAAGCGUUUGGGUGCCUCGCAAAAGCUAAAUCGUGACAAUGUGUGGACGGUGCUCACGGGACAUGCCACAGAGGCUACCUCAUCCAUCGUGUUGCACGAUGUGCGCGAGAUCGAAACAUGGAUCUUGCGGCUGUUGUCCACACCAGUACCUGUACCUGGUUCCACGCGCGUUGAGGUUGAGGUGUUGUCGCCUACAGUACACGAACCUCUGCUCUUUGCGCUGCCAGAUCACACGCGUUUCUCGCUCGUCGACUUCCCAUUACACUUGCCGCUUGAGUUGUUAGGCGUAGAGACGUGUCUUAAAGUCUGGACGCUGAUAAUGUUGGAAAAUAAAGUACUAUUUCAGUCACGCGAUUAUAAUGCGCUCUCCAUGUCGGUAAUGGCGUUCGUCACGAUGCUCUAUCCAUUGGAGUAUAUGUUCCCCGUGAUACCGCUACUGCCGACAUGUUUGAGUUGCGCCGAACAACUGUUGCUGGCACCGACACCUUUCGUGAUCGGUGUGCCAGCAACAUUCCUAAUGUACAAGAAAAACUUUCGGUUGCCGGAUGAUAUCUGGGUGGUGGAUUUGGACUCAACAAAAUUGACACCGCCUACAGGAGGCUAUGACGAAAUUCCACCAUUGCCAGAACCUGAGGGCACCAUACUCAAGAAUCACUUGAAACAAGCAAUGCAACUUAUGGAUGAAGCUGGACUUGGUGCGCUAUCUUCUAUGUCGGCUUCCAAUCAGGCCAUAUCUGCACAACAACUUAUGCCGUCGGUACGCGACAGCCUUACAGAACCAACACUUCUAGGGGUUUCGCAAGUCCGCUUGCCACUGCAGUCGCCCACACAGUCCGCGUACGCAAGCCAACGCAGCUCAAUGUCGGCGCAGGGCAGCCACUCAAGGCAACCCAGCCCAAUGAACUCACCAGCAUUGAAUCCAUUUAUUUAUGGCACGGAUGUCGACUCAGUUGACGUCGCUACGCGAGUUGCAAUGGUUCGGUUCUUUAAUGCCCAAAAUACUCUCGCCAAUUUUGCCGAGCAUACUCGCACAUUGCGCCUCUAUCCACGUCCCGUGGUCGCCUUUCAGAUCAACAGUUUCCUACGCUCACGUCCACGUGCUUCACAGUUCCUCAAUCAGUUCGCACGCACACAGGCCGUAGAGUUCCUCGCUGAAUGGUCACUGACCCCAACUAAUGUUGCCUUUUUGCGCGUACAAACAGGCGUGAUGGAUCCAGCUCAGGUUGGGGAUAAGCCAAAAUGGUUUGCUCACCAGCUUACCCCUAUACGGUUCUCCGUAUGGGAUGAUGGCAGCUCACUAAAUGGUGCACUCCGUUCACUGAAACAACUCGAAUGCCAGCCAACGGAUGAAAGUGGUUCCGACUCCGAGGGUGCUGAAAGCUCAAGUUCCUCUUAUUCCUCGCUGAGUGACUUUGUAUCGGAAAUGGUGUCUUCAGACCUGUCGCCGAGUAUCCACGAUGUUUUUGGUGCACACAAUCGCCCACAUAAUGUGCCGCAAACGCUUUCAUCAAAUCUAGAUCCAGCAUUAGUUUAUCAUCCACCAAGUACUCUACAAUACCCGGAAAGUAUGUCGCACAAAGUAGAAGUUAACGAAGAUGAAGAAGAUCAACGUGCUGAAUCGCCACUAUCGUCGUCGUCGAGUCGUUCCGAUCUGAGUUCCCCCAGUCGUGAUUCGGAAUUUGAAUUCCCAGCAAAAACUGCAGGCCCCUUUGAUUUAGCUGCACCAGCCGCAAUACGCCUGGAGGCAACAAUCAGAGCAGCAAGUGUUGAUAAAGAAGCCACAGAGUCGGGAGAACCUAAAAAGUCGCCAGUGUUGGCACACAAACAACAACAGCAACAACACCAACACAGACAUACCGGUGAAAUGGAGCACGCAGGUGUUGAAAAGAAACGUCCACCCCCAAUAACACCACCAGUCUCCAACAUUCUCGCACGCACCGGCAGUUCUGGUUCAAGCUCAAGCAGUCCAGGGCGUCAAGGUUCACAGGGAUCACUUUUUGAGAACUUCGCCUCGCACGCAAAGGAGCUGGUGCGUGAAACGACGCGUCAAAGCAGUCAGGAGGGACUACUGGCCCAAGUGGAUAAGGUAAGCUUAACUCACUGAUCUCUACUGCUAUUA